AACCAUUCGUGCAAAUGCCCUGUAGGAUAUACUUCUUAGGAACCUAUAAAAUAGCAUAAAAAGUAUAUUAGAAGCAAUUUCAAAAAAUGAUUGUGACCAUAAAGGAAUAACAAAUCUUCUGGAGUAGUGCUCUACUUUUUUUAAUUUUCCUUUAAAUGUUGUGCCACUCUCGACUGGCAAAUAAAUGUAGUUCCUUUCUAAUAAAUCUUACAUUUUCAUAAUAUUGCCUGUUAAAGAAAUUGACUCAUGUUAACAGAUAGUUAACUGAUUAAAAUCUGUGAAAAUUCAGAGGAGGUGAGGCUAAAAUUAAAAUCUGAGAGUUGUAGAUUCAGAGAGUCUAUUUACAUCCAUGUACUUUUUGGUGUUUAGUCUUUUGAAUCUCAACAGUCUUUAAAUUUGCAUAAAUGUGAUAUUAUUGAUUCUUCAAUAGAUGAAACAAUUGAGAAGACAUGAAAUAAUUCAAAUUGCUGUUGCAAACAUACUUAUUCUCUGUUCCUUUUUGCCAGUAAGAAGUGUAAUCCUUUGUUUUGAAAGAUGGUGCUGCCAUCCUAAGGCUCCACUUCCCCAGACAAACUGGUGUGAAACCUGGGUGUUCUGUAAUGCAAGAAGGCUCCCUAGAUGUGUCUUCAAGCACCAUCUCACUUCUUAGGGACUCCUUGCUCUUCUCGAUUUCCUUGCAACACAAGCAUUCUUCUGCAUUUUGAACCAGCUGGACUGUGCAAUGUCCACAUUUGCACCUGUAAUUACAAUUAAUCUGUGAAACAAGGUAAAUAGCUCCUAUAUAUAAUUGCCAAGUAACCUGCAUUUCAUUAGCCCAAACAUAAAGACUUCACUUUCAAAAAAAUAUUUUCCAUUGUGUAACAUUGGAGGAAAAUUUGAAAAUGGAAAUGGCCCAAAGAAAUGCCGUAAUGCCCAGAGAAAGAUCAAAAAUUCCAUUUGACACAGUCCAGUGUUGUAAGACAUUAAAAAAACAUUAAUUUGUGGAUUAAUUGACGGAAAUUUUGUAAUACUUAUUUGGUUUGUUUUUGAAGAAUUGAUUAUUCACAGAAAUUUAUCAGUUUUCAAAGUCUGUAAAAAUUGUAACUUUCGGUUGCACCACAAGGACGAUGGGCCUAGAUUUCGUCAAUGAAAACAAUCGGUUUUUCAACUUGCUAAUACUAGGAAACUGUUUUGAAUAUUGAACCUGGGUCGUAACGGAAUAUAGAGCACACAUUUUGAAAGCUGUAAAUGGUAUUUAUUCUUUUUUACAUUGGUAACAGUCUUUUUAUUAGCUUUAUUCUGACAAAGUGCACCAAGAGGGCGACGCCACUCUACGUAACUAAAAGAUCAAUAAAAUUGAUAAGUUCAGUUGAAAAUGAUUUUAUUAAAUAAACAAAAUGAUUACCAUUCUGAGAUGUCCAUCUUCCUUUCGAAUCGAUCGGAUAACGUUUUAGCCAUGCAUCACGCUCGGCAUAUGCUACGCGAUAUUCUUGUGCGAAUGUUUCGUCGGCUGGAGGAUCAUCGGCACAUAAUAGGCCUACCGCCAGUUCAUCAUCCGGAGCUCUAUCUACGUUGCUCGAGCAUGGGUCUUCAUUGGUUCCCCUUCGAAUUCAGUAGAAGCUAUAUCUUCCUCACAAUCAGUAGUAGCUUCUGAUGAAAUGUUGGAUGAAUCCGAACAACUAUCACUCAUUUUUGUUUGGUGAACCUCGCGUUAAUUUCGGCAAUUCAAUAUCAAAUUGUGAUUUGUUUUGAUAUUUGUAAGACUACCACAGCACCAGAAAAGAUUGAGAAAAAAUUUACCUUUAGUACCAGUAAAGACAGCACCCUACCGACCAUACACCAUCGACAGCACCCCUUGGAUCGUUGCCUACCAGCUACGCAUCGCAAGCAGCAGCAGCCUCAAUCUUAGAGAUCUUCGUUGGUAGGUCGGUUGGCCUUAGAGAAAACCUGCCUAAUGGAAGACGAAGACCGAGGUCAGUGUGUGUUCACACUCCGAAUGCAAUAAUUGUUCCCUCUGCACUUGUCAACCGCCUUGCUGAGCAUGACAUCAGGCCCACCCACCUCCAGAAACUACUGAAUGGUCACCUGGAGUUGACAUUCAAGUCUCUGGAAGAAAAAUAAAAGUUUCUUAGCCUGCCCAAUGUCCAUCUGCCCAGGAGAAGCUGGCAACCUAACAUGUAAAAUCCACCACAAGUCUGGGUAAGAGUAUUCGCGUCCUGUUUGCCAGGGAAAACAUAGGCCCUGAUACAGGCUUACUUAAUGGUGACUUGAUAUUUAAAAUGGUAAUUAGUGAACCUGUGCCGAGUUUUGUACACCUAGGCGCAUACUGUUUAGCGGUACCCCAGUCACGCCGCAAAUGCGACAGCUGUGGCCACAUUGCUGCUCAAUGCAGCAUCAAAAGGUGCUACAACUGUGGCUUAACAGGACAUAUUAAUGCUGACUGUCCCAAAGACAGUCGCUGUCAGGGUGGCAGAUCACUUGAGCACAACAUUGUUCAGUGUGAUGCCGCUUGGGUUCCUGAAGCAGACAGUGAUGCGCACGAGCCCACAUCUGACCACACCCUGUCAGAGAGCUACAGCAGUGAGGAGGAAGAUAAUGAUAGAGCUGUCAGAACCGCUGUGGCAAAUAAGGACGCAGCCGUUCCUCACGAUCCAACCCUCUCUGAUUGCCCAACUGUUGCCACUCAAGAUUCGGACAAUGCGGAACAGUCACCAAACUGGUUUGAACACACAGAAUGCACAGCUGGGAGUGCUGGUGCUGACCUGGCCCCAGAGGAGAUAGCCGUUACCCAUGUUUGCUCAUCGCCGGGUGAUGACAUGGGUACCAAAAAUCGCCAAAUCGCUGCUCCUGAGGAGUCAGCUAGUAUCCAGGACUCCACUACUCAAGACGAAAACGGCCAAGCAGUGAAGAACUGGUAUGAUCCAGCAACGCCUUCACCGGAUGGUAUGAGCCCUUCUCUGACUUUCUUUUCUCCUCAGCCUAUUUUUACCAAAUUCUCUGGCGAUGCUGGCACCCCAGCGGCUUCUAAGAGGUCCUUCCAGGACGACAGUGUCUCUGACAUUUCUGCUGUCCGGAGGCCCUCUACCAAGAAGAAGCCGAAGGGUCGUUCAGCUCGGCACCCUGCCCCCUCUUAA